CGCAUGCGUAGUAACUCAGUUGAAACUAGUAGGGCUCGUCAAACAACUGAGAAGCUACUUGAACGAUACAAACAAACGAUCGCUAGAACAACGAGCACAUUUGCUUACAAAUUCUAUUGACGGAGAAAAACAAAACCAAAAAACAAGCCUGACCAGCAACGAUGAACUUUUUUGGUUUUGGCCAAAGUGCGGACGUCGAUAUAGUUCUCAAUGAUGCCGAAACGAGGAAAAAAGCUGAGCAUAAAAGCGAGGACGGCAAAAAGGAUAAAUAUUUCCUCUUCUACGACGGCGAGACGGUGUCGGGGAAGGUCAACGUCAACCUCAAAUACCCCGGCAAGAGGCUGGAGCACAACGGAAUCAAGAUUGAGUUUGUUGGCCAGAUAGAGCUCUACUACGACAGGGGAAACCACCACGAGUUUGUGUCCCUGGUGAAAGACUUGGCCCGGCCAGGGGAGCUCACGCAGUCGCAGACAUUUGACUUUGAGUUCACGCAUGUGGAAAAGCCCUAUGAGGCUUACACUGGGCAGAAUGUCAAAUUACGCUAUUUUCUGAGAGCCACAGUCGCCCGCAGACUGAGCGACAUCGGCAAAGAGGUGGACAUUGUGGUUCACACGCUCAGCACCUACCCCGACAUCAACUCCUCCAUCAAGAUGGAAGUCGGCAUCGAGGACUGUCUACACAUCGAGUUUGAGUACAACAAAUCCAAGUAUCACCUCAAAGACGUCAUUGUCGGCAAGAUUUACUUUUUGCUCGUGCGAAUUAAAAUCAAGCAUAUGGAGAUUGACAUCAUCAAGCGGGAAACAACUGGCACCGGGCCCAAUGUCUACCACGAGAACGAUACCAUCGCCAAGUACGAAAUCAUGGACGGCGCGCCGGUCCGAGGAGAGUCCAUCCCCAUCAGGCUGUUCCUAGCAGGCUAUGAGAUAACGCCUACCAUGAGGGACGUCAACAAGAAGUUCUCAGUCCGCUACUACCUCAACUUGGUCCUCAUCGACGAGGAGGAGAGGCGCUAUUUCAAACAGCAGGAAAUAACGCUGUGGAGGAAGAGCGAUGUUGCAAGGAAGAGCAUGUCUCAUCAAGCCAUCCUUGCCUCCCAACGAUUCGAAAGCUCCUCCAACGCAGAGAAAAGCCAGGCUGAUGAAAAGGACGACUAAAAAGGCCCAGCCCUCCCCGCCAGCUCACUGCCGCAGCAAGUUGCGAAUUUGAAAAUAUUUUUUUUUUGUGCUCCACUCAAAUUGUACUUGCAAGUGAUUGUAUUCCUUUUGAAAAGCAGCCACCAAAUGAGCUUUAUUUUCAUUUUCCUGACAAAACAAAUGAGAGUGUUUACUUUGGUUAGUGCCACUUAAAUCUUUGGUGGGUUGUCGUCAACUUGUUGAAGAUACAGUCAUUUGCAAAUACAAUGUCCCUAACAUGACCUUGAAUUCUUGCCAGCUGCAGCAGUGAUCGACUCCUAUACGUAAAUCUCACAUUUAUCAAUGAAUCAUUUAAUUGCUGCCUUGGAAGCCAAGCCGACCUUUAUCUGCUUGAAGUUCAAGAGAAAAUGAACUGAAUACCAGAGAACUGAACAUUUUCAUACAUUCCACCAGAAAAGAAAAGACUAUUUAUUUUUUUAAUAGCAUCAUAUGCUGAAUGCCUUACCUAGUGGAGAUGUCACUUUUGAUGUGACGCUUUUAAGUUGAAGGAAAAUACACAAUUGACAGUGAAGUCGUCCAAAAUUAUUUUUUGACAGAAAUAUUUUAUUCGAACGAAAUAGUGAUGAUGCAGCGGGGUGCAAAAGUAGGUCAACAUAAAGAAAAAAAGAGGGGGGGGGGAAACAUGUCUACUUUUGCACCUCCUUGUAGAAAGAAUAAAAUUGAUACACUGUAUUAAAAGCCUUGUGGAUCAGAAAUAUUCUAUAUUUACUUUACUUUUUUUCUGCUUUAUCAGACCAAAUGACAAAUCAUGUCAUUAAAGAAAUUGUCUGCUAUCAAAAAUGAAAAAAAAAAAAAAUCAUUUCAUUUUUAUUGGAGGCAUGUUUGACACUUUGAAAAUCAAUUUGCUAAAUUGCUUCAUCCUUUUUUGGCUUUGUUCCCACGACUUUUCACGUACUGUACCUCUCUGGAUCACGCCCGCCGCCUCCAAUCGAUGGUGUCGGUGUCGGCGGUCGCUUUUUGAUAGUUAAGUCUUCUUUGUGCCUGAGGGUUGAUUGGCAACAAAAUGUUUCGACUGGGUAAAACUGAAAAUGCAUUGCUAACUUUGAAAUACAUAUCAUGAAGUCAAAAAAAGUUUUCUAUUCCCAUUCUGAAAAAGAAAAGCACCCAUGUGAGAAUAACUGCGCUUCUUUCAUGAUGGAUUAUAUUGAAGUUCCCUCUAUUUUUAUAUUCCACAUGAGUCCUUCGAGUAAAAUGGCACAUUGUUGUGUUUAAUUUGUGUGUGCUUAUUUGCUGAUUGAUUUUCACUGAUUGGAGAAAAUCUGGCUCAGCUUGCCUGUGUAUGUUUAGUUGUUGUGUAUUUUAUUUUUUUUCCAGCCCUGAUACAGACAGAAGCCUGUCUAAUGCUGUUUGUAAAAUAGUCCUAUUAAAUUGAAAUAGAAUAAACGAACUAUAAAUGAACAAA